CUGCGCAUGCUCUCCGAGAGUGGCCUGCUCCACAUCGCGGCCACGGCGGCGAAUAAUAUUUUAAGGGGUGCUGUCGGGCUGCAGUCGUCUAAGGUCGAUUGCUGUGCGCCACUUUGUUGCAUCCUUAAGCACGCCGCAACAAGCUCUCCCAGGUGCUGACCCUCUUGCAACUCGGACGCCGCAGCAGCGUGCGAUCGGGUUUCACAGCGCACAGCACCGCACGCAAGCAAAAUCAACGAUGGACGACGGCCGCGUCACGCUGAAUGCCGGCGGCCGCAUCUUCGAAACGACGGCAUUAACGCUCAAAACGAGCGGCGCGGGCUAUUUCGAGGCGCUGCUCGGCGAGACUGGCGCCAGGCUGCCGGGCAGCAAGAAGCGCGCGCGCGUCUCGGAAGACGGCGACGACGCGCCGGGCCACCGCGAGAUAUUUAUAGAUCGCGACCCGGACGUGUUUGCCGACGUGCUGCGCUACAUGCGGUCGGAUCGCUUACCGGCCGCGGCCGCGGCGGACGUUCACCGCCUCGCGGACCUCAAGACCGAGGCCGAGUUCCUCGCUUAUGACGCGUUGCUCAACGCCUGCGACGCGGCAGAGGCGGCGUUGGCCGCGGCGGCCGCGUUGGCGGCGCCAGUGCCCAGCAAGGAGUCCGCGGAGAUGAGGAAUUUUUACGUCGACGGCAGGGAAGAUACUGACGAAAACGGCUGGGGUCAGCAGGUGCGGAUCAGAAUCCCAAAGGGCCAAGUUCUAUAUAUUCAACACGUUUUGCCUUUGCCGGUCAAUAACGACGAGCAGUGGCUGCUCAGGGCCACCACCUUCGGACCUUCAGGGCACAAAACUACAAUCAUCGCGCAAUACCUCAUCAAAAAUAUAGGCGGCUUGAAAGAAUUCCUGCAGCGGGAUAUGAGGCUCGUGCUCGACGGCGGAGAAAGCGAAGAGCUCGUCCUCGACGCCAACGGGGUCGAGUGGGCCGUUCAAGCCUGGCUCGGCCACCCGGCCAAGAUCCCCGGCCUCGCGUAGAGCCUGUGAUACCGUAACUAAGCACUUG